GAUUGUACAUUAGCUCCAGUGCAGCUGCCAUACAAACACAGCACACAAAUAAAUAAAGAACCGUCAGUUUGUUUUUUUUUCUUGAUGUUGGUCACAAACUGAAGACAGAAAAGGUGGAAAGAGACAAAGAAAAUUCUCUCAGGUGAUCCACUAUUCAUGAAAUAAUCUUGGCUUUACCCGCGUUGUGAGUUUCACCACUUCCCCACCCCCCAGCGGGACUCCAGGUGCUUAACCUCCCUCCUGCCAGUUCUGCAUGGUCAUGACCUGUCAUCACGCCCCUUCCACAGCCCACCUCAUCCUAUUGGUCCUGCUCAUUGUCACUACAGAGCUGGUUGGCACCGCCCCUGUGUGGGGUGAGGGAGGGGAGGGAAGGGUGGAGGGGCGCACCCGGACAGACCAUAUAGAGGACAGCCUUAGCCCCUCUCUCUCACUCCCACCCCAGAGUCUUUCCAGCCCUAUCAACAUGACACAAGACCAGGACCGGGGCCCUGGUCAAGAUAAUCAGUCAGAUAAAGUGACUGACCCUGCACAGGUGCUCGCUGUUCUCCUGGAGGCCCUCGACCACCCGAGCGAGGGUGAAGCCCAGGCGAGCGAAAGCAGAGACUGGAAAGAGGAUCAGAGUCAGGAGCUGCCCUCCAAGGAAGUGUUGGAGGGUGGUAAGAUAAGGAGAACAGGGGAAAUGGAGAGAGAGGGGAGGGUUGAGGAGGAGAGGGAGGGGGGAGGGGCUGAUAAGGUUAUUGAACAGCUAAUUGUAGGCCACUUGACAGCUGUUCAGGGUGAUGACUUAAAAGAAAAAGAGGAGGAGGAGGAGGAUCAAGGCUGGUCUGAGAAGGACGUGGGUGCUGCACCUGAUAGUGUAAGUGAGGAGGAGGCCAGAGAGGAGGAUGAGGGAAAUGAUUUAGAAAGUUUCUUAGACAAGGCUGGACCAGGUUCCACCUCACAGGGAGAUGAUUCUUCCCUGCAACGCAAAGUGAGAGGCUACUUCCAAAACAUUGACUUGGGUCUCCAAGAUAAUGAGAUCCUGCCUCCUCUCAAGGGCUACAAGGCUUAUAACACUCAGUUAGCACGAGCAGGAAAGAAACUCCACUGGCAGGAGAAUGGAGCACGCAACCGACCCGUUAAGGGGGGCAACUUCAUGGAUGACUUCGAGGAUGAGGGUGAGGAGCUGGAGGAGGAGGUUGAGGAAGAGGAGGAAAGCCUGUCCCAUAUGGAAGAGGAGGCGAGGGCACGUGCAGAGAAACAGGAGGUGCUCCGUCAGCAGGAGGAGGCAGAGCGAGCCAGAGAAGAGGAGCAGCGGCUGGCGGACAUUGCCUCUGACAUGCUGCUGCAGUACAUGGGCAGGAAGCAGCAGUCAUACAUGAAGCCCCGGCAGAAAAGCAGCACGGGAGCUGCAGGUAACACUGCCGAGGACAAGCGCUCCGAGGAGGUUAUCCCAGACGAAGAUGACCUGGACCAACAAAUGAUUGACAGACUCAUUGAGAUUAGCAGCAAGCUGCACCUGCCUGCUGACGAUGUGAUUGAGAUUAUUAGUGAUGUGGAGGAGAAGAAGAAGAAAAGGAAAGAACUGCAACAGCAGCCUAUCAACCACAACCCUGUCGCCCCACGCUUCCGCCCUCUGGUACCUCCUCCUCUGGCUGCUCCACCUAUCUACCACUACACAGCCUCAAAAAACCCCAAGAAAGCCCCUUAUAAGUACAAGUCUAACAAAAAAUGGCAGAAGGACAAAAUCAAGUCAUACAAGCAGGACUAUUGGUAUAAGCCUCAGAAGCAGCUUGACUACUGGUAUAAACCCCAGAAACAGUUUUUAGCCUUCCCCUCAUACCCAUACUACCAGAAGCCAUAUCGAGCAUAUUAUCCUGUUUAUUUUCCAUACCCCAAAUCACAGUAUUAUGGUAAGCCAGUCCCCCCAAGAGACCAGCCAUUCGGCCCCCAGGAGCUUGACCUCCAGCCCCCGAGGCGAAAGCACUGGGCUGGGGGUAAGAACCGAGGACAGGGCUGGAGGCAGCAGCCACCUCCACGCCUGCCUCUCACUCCUUAUAUCUCUAACUAUAUCCUUCCUCACCCACGGACCUACCAAACCCUACCUCCCCCCAAACCAAUAACCACACCCAGGAGAGGCAGGCGACCUCCGUACUUCUAUCCACAAGUCACACCAGGAGAUGACUAUGAGGAAGAUGGGCUGGUGCCCCAGCUGGACAGUGAGGAGGAACUGGAGAACUUUAUCGAGAGGAUCUACAUGAAACGCAGAAUGUAUUGAGAGACUUUAUGGGCUUUUGUCAGAUCAGAGGGACUGACAGCUGUAAGAGAAGUGAAAAAAAGACUCAUAGGAGAUAAUGAGUUUUGAGCCUGAUGGAAACUUAAGGGUCCAGAGAAGAAAAGUUAGAUUUAUGUUGUUUAUUCACUGUAUUUUUGUUGAUUUUGUUGGUCAGGGAGAGGAUGAAGUUUAAGCUCCCUGUAACCAUGUUCAGCCUCUUGCUCAGUUUACAUUUUGAAACAGAACAUACCAUAGUGUAUGUCUGCCUCCAUUCAGGUUGAAUCUCUGAUGCUCUUGCAUAUUUCAGAGUUUUCUAGAACAUACACGAACACAUGCACACAUGCAUACAUACACACAGAUAAACACAUGCAUAUCAAAACACUACACAUUUUUGACACAUUCAAAAGCAGAUGUGCCCAUUUUAAGAGAAUCAUGUUUACAACAUACAACAUGUUUGUAUUUUUUGUUGAGUUUGUGUAUGUCAUAACAGAAUUUUAAGUAGUUCACUGACUUCUUAGCUAUAUAGGUAUGACAAUGGGAAAAAAAAACACUGAACACUGCUUUAGUCAAUGUUGACAGUUUGACAUGUUUUUGUUGUAUUUCUUGUGUGUAGUUGCCUUUCUUAUUCCUGAUUGGAUCAACUUUAAACAACUGCAAUUUGCAAAGGUGCCAAAUACACACAUUUCAGUUUUUCAAACUCAAGAUUAUGAAUUUUGCCUUACAAGCACCAUGGUUCUAUAAGGGAAAUAUCAUAUUGCAUAUUAUACUAUCAUUGCAAAUGGUCCCAAUGUAGAAACCCUGUGGACUCCAAAAGCACAAACUUAAACACUAAACACUUCCAACCUGGUGGACUAAGGGUUUUUAAUCAUUUUGGGAUCCAGAUGUUAUUGUGUCAACAUAUUUAUAGUUGAUCCACCAUAAUCAGUAUCACUCACAUUCACAACACAGUACUCCUUUACCAGUUAGGAGCUCAUAAUUUCUUUGUUUUUUCCCCAUACUUUUCCACUCACUAUCAGUGCAGAAGCAUCUUUACUUGCUGAUUUCUUACACUUCUUCUCCUCACCAUGCACUAUCUCUACUUUUUGGUUUUUAUUUCUUUAAAAAAAUACUUGAAGUCACACUAUUUGUUCUACAGCCUUUUAAAAACAGAUCCACCAAGAGGCUAUAAGCAUUUUGUUCAUUUUCAGAAGUAAUUCAUUGAAAAGUUUCAGGCCGGGGAGUCAGGGAUUGCGCUUAAAACGUUAAAUGCACGUCUUUCUACUUGCAUCUUAAAAAAUGAACAAAAAAAACAAACAAAAAAAAGAGAAAAAAUAAAACAGUAUGGAGAAACCAAGAUGAUUGUUUUCUCUGAAUAAACUGUGAUCAUAAAAAAAAAGAAAUCUCAAAAGGAAGAGGGCCACUGUGUCCACAGUGAAGCCAUCUGUCUUGUAAAAAGAGAGUGUUGUUGUUGAUGUCACCUUUAGCAUUGUAAGAUGUACAGUGUGAAAUAAAUAUGCCCGUGCAAUGUGUAAAUAACAGCAUGAUGAUUACUAGUUUUGCUAUAUGAUAAAAAAUAAAAGCAAUUAUUUUAUUAAA